UUCCAAACACCUCUUCGGUUUCUUAAAGCAUUUUUGGCAUGUCCACAUGUUCUCCACGUCACUACAAAUAGUGAAAGAAAACCAUCCACCUCAUCUUCAUUCCCUCUCAGCCGCUUUUCUCUCUCUCCUUCUCAUCUUUCGACACCUUUCACUUGCGGAUCUCCAACAUCAAAAACAUAAAGCCCCUUUGCUUCUUCUUUCUCUUUUCCACACACACGCUUUUGGUUAAUACCCAAAAAAAAAAGAACUUAAUCGCUAAGCUAUCUUACAAUCUUUCUACCUUUCUAUAUAGCAAACACACAAUCUUUAUCAACGAAAACCCGUCAAUUUCUUGAUUUGGGGGCGAAAAUGAGAGGUGGGUUUUUGAAGAUGGAAAAAGAUAAGCACGGAAGCGAAAUCCAUGGCGGUUUUGUCGGCAAUUUCUUUGAAUCGUUGCCUGAGGGUUUCGUCGCAAACGCGUUGGCACUCACGACCCCUAGAGAUGUUUGUAGAUUGUCUUUGGUGUGUUCUAUUUUCCGAUCGGCGGCGGAAUGGGACGCCGUGUGGGAGAAGUUUCUGCCGCCGGAUUACCAGAAGAUAUUGGCGGAGGCGGAAGACGGCGGCGGUUCGGUUAGGUGUGGUUCGAAGAAGGAGAUGUAUCUUCGUCUUUGCGAUCAUCCUGUCAUCAUCGAUGGUGGCAACAAGAGCUUCUCAUUGGAUAAAAAAACCGGGAAAAAAUGCUACAUGUUAGCGGCACGAGACCUCUCAAUCAUAUGGGGGAACACUCCACGGUAUUGGAGAUGGAUCUCCGUACCCGAUUCAAGGUUCACGGAAGUGGCCGAAUUAAUAAGCGUAUGUUGGCUCGAAGUCAACGGAAAAGUCAACACUUCCGUUUUAUCAACCAACACUAAAUAUGCAUCUUACCUUGUUUACAAAUCGACCUCGAAAGCAUACGGUUUCGACUCCCAACCUGCGGAAGUUUCCACUGGAAUCCACGGGGUCGAGACCGAAAAAAAGACGGUGUUUCUUGACCCCGAGGCCUCGCACAGAUGCGAGAAUAACGUGGGCCCCGGAAGUCGAUUGGGGAUUUUUGGCCGUUUGAUACGGCUCGGAAGUCAGACUCUAACUUCCGGGUCGGCCCGUUUGAAUGGGCCGAAAAUGAGGCCAGAUGGGUGGUUGGAGAUUGAGUUGGGGGAGUAUUUUAAUGAGAAAGGGGAAGAAGGGGAGUUGGAUAUGAGUAUGAUGGAAGUGAAAGGAGGGAAUUGGAAAGGUGGGAUUGUGAUUCAAGGGAUUGAGAUUAGGCCAAAGGUGUGUUAGGUUUUCUUAUAUGGAUUGUAUGUGUGGUUUUUGUGGUUUUGUACUUGUAAACAAGUUGUAACAUAUAUUAGUGCAUGAAAGUCUAGAUGUUGAGAAAAA